AAACAAACAUGGCGGCUGGGUGGUUUUAGCAUCAAACAUCUUUUAAACUGUCCUGCAUGAAAAAGCAACAACAUAUAUUUAAAUCAACGAGUAGAUGAGCGUUCCUUUAUUUGUGUCGGGGACGUGAGCAGCAGUUUAGCGCCAGAAAAUGUUGAAUUUGACGUUUUAGCCGAGCUACCUCAGUUAACUGGUUACCAAGGCAACGUUAGCCACCAGCUUAGCUAGCUCCGUCCCGAAGCGAAACUCCGCUGCAGAAGACCGUGGUGUGAACAAACUUGACUCCAGCUGAAGUUAAAGGAAAUAUCGGCUGAGAAAACUGACCCUGGGAGCUCUGUGCAGAAACACUGAGGCUGAUGGAGCAGUACAGCAUUCUGGGUCGGAUCGGAGAAGGAGCUCAUGGCAUCGUGUUCAAGGCCAAACACAUCGAGACAGGAGAGACGGUGGCUCUGAAGAAAGUGGCUCUGAGGCGGCUGGAGGACGGCAUCCCCAACCAGGCUCUGAGGGAGAUCAAGGCCCUGCAGGAGAUCGAGGACAACCAGCAUGUGGUGAAGCUAAAGGAUGUCUUUCCUCACGGCACUGGCUUUGUCCUCGUCUUCGACUUCAUGCUGUCUGACCUCUCGGAGGUCCUCAGGAACUCUCAGCGACCUUUGACCCCGGCGCAGGUCAAAGGUUACAUGAUGAUGCUGCUGAAGGGCGUGGCCUUCCUGCACCACAACAACAUCAUGCAUCGGGACCUGAAGCCAGCGAACCUCCUCAUCAGCUCCUCGGGUCACCUGAAGAUCGCAGACUUCGGUCUGGCUCGGCUGUUCAGUGAGCAGGAAGAGAGACUGUACAGCCACCAGGUAGCCACCAGGUGAGACCUGUCACCCCUGUAGAGCUGCAGAGAAACACCUGGACAAGAUUCAUGUUCAGUCAGACCAGAUCUCUGAAUGUUCACCUCUACUGACGCCUGAUUAGAAGUCAGAGUUCAGUUUGUUCAGUUUCAGAUAUCUAAACCUGCAGUUCCUCUGAUGUCCACUAGAGGCUCCAACAGUCAAACACACAGCCCUGACCUCCACGUAAAACUUUACAGAAGAAAUACAAAAUAGAGUAGAUUUAUGUUUACACAAAAUAAGAGACAAAACAACCUUGAAGAGGAACAAAAUGAUCAUGAAGAGAUGUAAAACUACAACAAAGACAUGAAAAAUGACAACACAGAUGCACAAUGACCACAAAAACCUACAAAAUGACACGAAAGAGGCGAAAAUGUAAACAAGAGACACUAAAUGAUAAGAAAGAGGCAAGAAUCCACCACACAGACACACAAAACAACCACAUAAAGUCACAAAACAACCACAAAGAGACACAAAACAACCACAUAGUCACAAAACAACCACAUAGUCACAAAACAACCACAAAGAGACACAAAACAACCACAUAGUCACAAAACAACCACAAAGAAACACAAAACAACCACAGAGUCACAAAACAACCACAAAGAGACACAAACCAACCACAUAAAGACACAAAACAAUCACAAAGAGAUACAAAACAACCACAGAGUCACAAAACAACCACAAAGAGACACAAACCAACCACAUAAAGACACAAAACAAUCACAAAAAGAUACAAAACAACCACAAAGAGACACAAAACAACCACAUAGUCACAAAACAAUCACAUAAAGACACAAAACAACCACAGAGAGGCAAAAGGACCACAAAGAGACACAAAACAACCACAAAAAGACACAAAACAACCACAUAAAGACACAAAACGACCACAGAAACACAAAACAACACAAAGAGACACAAAACAACCACAUAAAGACACAAAACGACCACAGAGACACAAAACAACACAAAGAGACACAAAACGACCACAAAGAGACACAAAACAACCACAAAGACACACAAAACAACCACAAAGACACACAAAACAACCACAAAGACACACAAAACAACCACAGCUCCUGAGAUGUUUCCUUUCUGAUCUCUUCAUUAGUGUGUGUUCUCGCCAGGUUGUGUGUUUUAUUGUGUUGUUUUGUAGCAGCAGAUCAGGUGUGUUCAGGUAACAGUGAAGUGUGUGUCCAGGUGGUACAGAGCACCUGAGCUGCUGUACGGAGCCCGAAAGUACGACGAAGGAGUGGACUUGUGGUGAGUACACGCUGAGUACUGCAUAAAGUACUACUGCUACCUUUGUUAGGGUGUCCAGAUGUUUCUAUUGUGUUUAAUUCAGCCUGAUCUUAUUCUCACACUGACUAUAAAGGAGUAAAUAUUUACUGUAAUACACAGACGCAGUACUGAGAGCUGAACAGUAGGGGGCUGCAGCACGACGUAUUACUGCUGUGUGUGUGUGUGUGUGUGUGUUUGUGUAUCUUUGUGUAUAUUGGAUAUAUUGUGUGUAUAUUGUGUACAUUGUGUGUUGCAGGGCUGUAGGUUGUAUAUAUUGUGUGUAUAUUGUGUACAUUGUGUGUUGCAGGGCUGUAGGUUGUAUAUAUUGUGUGUAUAUUGUGUACAUUGUGUGUUGCAGGGCUGUAGGUUGUAUAUAUUGUGUGUAUAUUGUGUACAUUGUGUGUUG